AUGGAAGCCUCUGAGCUGCUGGCAGCUUUCAAUGUUAUCACUUUGGAAAUAAGUAUGGCACGAUGUGAAUUUGACAAGAACAGCUUCAAACUAUCAUCUUCUGUGAAUGGCGCCAUGGCAGUGGAACGACGACAGCAGUCCGCAACAUCAACAGCACAUUGGCAAACACCACCACCACCAUCACGACCGUCCACUGCUGGUUUGCUCGCUUCAUAA